GGUGCUUGUUCGUGUGUGCCUGUCGCCCCGAUUCGUCCUGUUCUUCCGUGGGUUUCCGAACGUCAUUUCGAAUAUGUGUCAAAAAGAGUUGUCCAGAAAGGCGAUACAGAACGCCUUCUCUCGUGCCGAGCAUCCUUGUCGAAAUGUCUAGUGUAACAACAAUGGCCAGGUUGUUCACGAGCAAGGACGGGAAGUACAAGCCCAAGACAUUUUGAAUCAUUGUGAAACCAAAUGCCUCUGAAUGGAAGUGAAGCUGUCCUUCUGCAGAGGUGCACUACAAGGCGCUAGAGCUCCAUGACGACGAAGCCAACUGCUCUUGUCUCCCUGCCUGAAGGUUCUGCACUCACUCUGAUGCUUUAUAUUUCGAAGUUCUGCUUUCGGGGCUUGCACCAAGGUAGGGCCAUCAAUAUUGGCAAGCGACUGUGGAGAACUGAGCACGGGACCCCUGCCAAAUGGAAUGCCUGCCGCAUAUUUGCUGAUGAACCCGACUGGUCUUUUGCUGAUGGAAGACCAGCCCCCUUAAACGUGAGACAAAAGGAGCGAUACCUUCAGCAAAUAGAUUAUUGUAAAACGGUCGUGAAAAUGCUGAAGGAGCUGCAUGAUGCUAAAGAAGCUCAAGUUGGUCACAUAAAGUCAGUGUUAGAGAAGAAGCAACAGAUUAUGUCAGGAAAGUUUCGUGCCAAAGGAAUUGAAGCAUUGAAGACACAACAUCAUGCAGAAAGGGCAAGAUCUUAACCCGUUUGUCUAGCUUUGAAUUGUUCAAAUAUUUCAACAAAUGCUGGUGUAGAUAGCCGCUUGGUCAUGAGUUUGUUUUGGACCGCAGUUGUUUCAUGGGCCUGACCUGACUUCUGUGUUACGUAAAUAAAUAUAUGUGCUGCAAUAAUU